UGUAGCAAUGGCACGUACGAAGCAGACGGCCCGCAAGUCCACCGGCGGCAAGGCCCCGCGCAAGCAGCUGGCCACCAAGGCUGCCCGCAAGAGCGCGCCGGCCACGGGCGGCGUGAAGAAGCCGCACCGCUACCGGCCCGGCACCGUGGCGCUGCGCGAGAUCCGGCGCUACCAGAAGUCCACGGAGCUGCUGAUCCGCAAGCUGCCGUUCCAGCGCUUGGUGCGCGAGAUCGCGCAGGACUUCAAGACCGACCUGCGCUUCCAGAGCUCGGCCGUCAUGGCGCUGCAGGAGGCGAGCGAGGCCUACCUGGUGGGCCUGUUCGAGGACACCAACCUGUGCGCCAUCCACGCCAAGAGGGUCACCAUCAUGCCCAAGGACAUCCAGCUGGCCCGCCGUAUUCGCGGAGAGAGGUUACACUCUGCUCAAGCAGCUAUGGCACGUACGAAGCAGACGGCCCGCAAGUCCACCGGCGGCAAGGCCCCGCGCAAGCAGCUGGCCACCAAGGCUGCCCGCAAGAGCGCGCCGGCCACGGGCGGCGUGAAGAAGCCGCACCGCUACCGGCCCGGCACCGUGGCGCUGCGCGAGAUCCGGCGCUACCAGAAGUCCACGGAGCUGCUGAUCCGCAAGCUGCCGUUCCAGCGCCUGGUGCGCGAGAUCGCGCAGGACUUCAAGACCGACCUGCGCUUCCAGAGCUCGGCCGUCAUGGCGCUGCAGGAGGCGAGCGAGGCCUACCUGGUGGGCCUGUUCGAGGACACCAACCUGUGCGCCAUCCACGCCAAGAGGGUCACCAUCAUGCCCAAGGACAUCCAGCUGGCCCGCCGCAUCCGCGGGGAGAGGGCGUAAUUUCCCAUCCGCUCAUUGCUGCAAAAGGCUCUUUUCAGAGCCCCCACAUUUUCCCCAA